CUGUCCUUAAUACGCUGCACACAGCCAUCUUUACGCACGGUCAAUGUUUACCCAGUGCUUUUGUAUCGUGAGCUGAUAACCUGACCGCUGGCUCCAGGUUUGCUCGUCGGUUGGCUUGUUGAGACACCACUCGCACUGUUCUCCAGAAAAGAGGAGCACUUUAUCCAUGCAUUUGUGUCCCGGGCCGCGGCACACCGCCUGUGGCCACAGCCAUGUCCGCCCGGAGUGCGACGGCUGGCGGCGGUGACAGAGCGGCAGGCGAAGCGGCAGAAGAUGCCCUCGUUGAAGAAAGCAGUUCUAUGUGUCUGUCUGACCUGAUGACUCCCUCCUCGGCUGCUAGCAUGUCCUUAAACAUGGAGAUGCCACGGAAACGCAAGGGUAGCACUGACAACCAAGAACCCAAACCUGCUUCCAUGUUUGAUGAAGAUAUGGAUGAAGACGGGUCAGAUGGAGAGGACCAACACGUCAAAAUCAAAUGCUGCAGGGAACCACACAGCCAAAUAGAAAAGAGGAGACGAGUCCGAAUGAACAACCUCAUUGACAAACUGUCCACAAUGAUCCCCAUCCCAAACCCCAUGUCCCGUAAACUGGACAAGCUCACUGUGCUCAGAAUGGCUCUGCAGCACCUAAGAUCUCUCAAAGGUUCAGGAAGUUCUUUCUCUGAAGCCAGCUAUAAGCCUUCAUUCCUUCCUGAGGAGGAGCUUAAACAUCUUGUCCUUAAGGCAGCAGAUGGAUUCCUUUUUGUAGUGGGCUGUGACCGGGGGAAAAUACUUUUUGUCUCAGAGUCCGUCACAAAGAUAUUAAAUUAUAGUAGGGCGGAGCUGAUUGGACAGAGUCUAUUUGAUUACAUACACCCCAAGGACAUGGGCAAAGUGAAGGAGCAGCUGUCUGCCUCUGAAUUAUACCCUCGAGAACGCCUAAUAGAUGCUAAAACUGGUCUCCAGGUCCAGGCUGACCUCCCCAUGGGUGCCUCGCGCUUGUGCUCAGGUGCACGCCGCUCUUUCUUCUGCCGAAUGAAGUACAACAAGGUUUCAGUGAAAAUGGAAGAGAAGGAAUUUCAGGCUGGAACCUCCAAAAAGAAAGAGUCCCAGAAGUACUGCACCGUUCACUGCACAGGCUACAUGCGCAGUUGGCCCUCCAGUCAGCUGGGGGCAGACGGGGAGGCAGAGGCAGAUAAGGACAGCUCUCACUUCAGCUGCCUGGUGGCUCUGGGUCGGAUCCACUCCCACUCCUCUGCCCAGGUCAACGGAGAGGUCCAUGUCAAACCUACAGAGUUUGUUACUCGCUACGCUAUGGAUGGGAAGUUCACCUUUGUUGAUCAAAGGGCCACAACUGUCCUGGGCUACCUCCCACAGGAGCUGCUGGGCACAUCAUGUUAUGAAUACUUCCAUCAAGACGACUGGCCACACUUAGCUGACAGACAUCGAAAGGUUCUACGAAGUAAAGAGAAAAUAGAAACUAACUGCUAUAAAUUCAAAACAAAACAUGGCUCUUUCGUCACUCUGCAAAGUCAGUGGUUUAGUUUUGUCAACCCCUGGACCAAAGAAGUAGAGUACAUUGUGUCCACGAAUACUGUUAUAUCUUAUGAUCACAGUCGACCAAGCCAAUCAGGAAGUAGAUCUGGACAAUCAACCAACUCCAAGACGUCAGAAGAUGGAAAGAAAUCUGUGGUACCAUGGAGCGCUUCACCCGGAGCGAUGAUAUUCCCUGGAAGCAUAGGGAUCCAAAUUGCAAAUGAGCAACUGGAUUACAACAGGAUCAAUUCUUCGCCCUCCAGUGGCACCGUAAGUCCUUUCAGUUUCCCGCCAGACAAAUCUCCACAAACCCACAAUCAAGUCAGCAACAAUGUGCCAAAUGGAGAGGCCACGGACAUGGAGAAGCCAGGGAAGUCCAGUACUGAAGAAGAACCACAGGGGGCAGCAUUUUCAGGAGGAGACGCGCUAAUGGGCAAUGAUAAUGGGGAAUCGUCACAGCUGGAUUUGGACAACGAUGAAGCAACCAUUUCAGCAAUCAUGCGCUUCCUGGCAACGGACACAAACUUGGGCACAGACUUUGAAGAGAUGCACUGGUCUUUAAUUUAAUAUUUUUUCAAAGAUUAAAACAUUUAACAGGUACAUUUUGAUUUACAACCAGAAGACACAAGCUACUCCCAGCUGGUAACCCCUCAGGAUCCACACCAUAAACCUCAACAGAACACAACCUCUUUCACCUGCUCAAGAACUCAAUCUCCUAACUAGUUUUUCCUGUAUUCUUGAAUUUUUGUUGUUUGAAAGAAAAUAUCGGGGCUACAUACUGUAUUUCUCAAAGGGAUACAUCGUUCAGUAUUUUAAGUCGACGUUUGACUUGAAGUUUUAAAGUUAGUGCUGAAAUUGAAGUUGAGAGAAGAUAAAAGACGUACUUAAAGGUAUAUUUUUAUGACUACAAAUGAAAUGUCUAUGAUAAAAAGUAGUUAUAUGGGGAGAGGGGGAGGUAUAUGGAAACAGCCACAGUGUAGUGACAUAGGAAGGCAGUUCAUGGAAUAGUCUAAACAGUAUAAUAUAUUUUCUUAGAUGUUUUGUGUAAGCCAUAUAGCAUACAGAUAUAUUUGUGAGAGUUAGCAUUCCCCAAGUCUUCAGCUUCUUCCUGCAGAGUUCAUUAUUUCAAAACAUGCACAAUCGUCUAUUAACCAUUGUUUUGCCGGACCUAAUGCCUAAAACUGCUGACCCUUCUAUAUUCAUAUUGUGUAUAGAUUCAUAAAUUACAUUAUCAUUUACCUCAUUGACAGAUAGUUUCUUCUAAUGCUACCGUUGCACUUUUGACUAACAGACUAUAGCUACCUUGGAUUUUUCAUGUGCAUGUGAAAAAUAACUGCAUAUUAAGUUCCCAAUUUAAAAAAAAAAAAACGUAUAUAUGUCGUGAUUAUUAUAAAUGAAUAUUGACAAUUUGGGUUCGACAUUUUAGAUAUUCAAGCCUUGUUUAUGCCAAAAAAUAUAAUGUAUGUUUAUUGAUUAAUUUCAAUUAUCGUCUUUUUCAAUGUUGUCACGGCUUCGAGCUGUACUACUGAAACCACUGGCUCCAUUAAGGGUUCUGUAUUAUGCAAAACUGUUUUAGUUUAGUUUUAGCCAUGUUAGAAUGUUGUUAUCUCCUCAAAAACUGACCUGGAGUUGUGUUUUGUUUCAUUCACACAUAUUUGAGUAAUACUUUAUUAUUAGUCUGUAACAUCUCUAAAGCUCAAAAUGCUCUGUUCCACCUUGUGAUGUAAUGAAAUGGUAGUUUUGAAGUUAACAGCUCCUUUUACCUUUAUUUGGGUAGUGAUUGUCAAUUCCAGGGCUGAAAUCAUCCAAAUGAGUCUAAUAAAGGUGUGUGGAGUUUAAAAACACAGUGGAGCACUUCCUGUAUUACCACAAGAUGACAUCACAAAGUGGAACAGAGUGUUUUAUGUUUGAAAGAAGAAUUCAGCCCAAAACAAUUUGUGAGUUAAACAUGUCUGAAUGAAACAAAACACAACUCCAGGUCUGUUUGUGAUGAGAAAACAACACGAUGAACAUAGAUGACAAAAUAUGAUAAUAUAGGCCUUUAAAUGCACAUUGCUUUGGGUUCAUGAGACACUGAUGACUGUUCUAAUAUUCAACAUACCUGUUGCAUAAUGUGUGUGAAUGUGUUCCUAUGUGUUUACUAUCAUUCAUACCCAAUGCAUUUGUGUAUGUUUUUCUGUCACAUAAGAAACUUAAUAGAAUUACAGCAUCAUUUUGAAGUCAUCUGAAGUCAUUGAUUAUGGACUGUUAAGAAACAUGUGGAUGUUAUAAUCGUCAAUAUUAAUGUUUUAACCAGCUCAUCUCCAGUACCACUGUAGUUUGUUUGCAGAAGAUGAGAUAUAGAUUUAAAGUGAAUAUGACAGGUUAAACUACUUAUUUUGUUAAAACAGUUAACAUGAUUUUAUUUGAGAUUUUACUAAAAAUCUUAGAUUUGUUUAAAAUUGUGCUGGUUGGAUGCAGCUCGUAGAUAUGAUGGCUACCAGGAAGUAACUCCAUAAAUGUUACCUAGCAACCAUAAUGUUAAGGGCCACAAUAGUUAUUAGACUAAUAAAAAUACUUGACAAUAUUUUUAUUUUGUUUCAAAAAAGGCAUAAACUACCAGAAAUAUAGAUACCACCAAACCAAGUAAUAAUUAGAAAAAAGACUAAAACCUGUCACAUGCACGGCUUACUUUAAGGAGAACAUUUUAAGUCUAUUAGGCAAACUUGAUACAAAAUAGGAAACUGUACAUUAGUUAGCCAAUAGCCAUACACUAUCUUCCAAAAGGUUUAAGUCAGUUCCAUGUUUUUUCCUCUAUCCUGUUGUGCUCAGCCUUGACCAGUCCGCUCCGCUCAUUUGGUGGUGACUGAAUGAAACAUCUGUAACAAGUCACAGAUAUUCUGCUUCUCAAAUAAAAUGUUAGUU